AUGGACAGCAGGGCGUGGGCUGCCUACAUCCUCUGCUUGCUGAGUCCAUUACCAAUUGUAUUGGGCCACGUGCACCCAGAGUGUGACUUCAUCACCCAGUUGAGAAAGGAUGAGAGGUUGUGUCUACAAGCAGCAGAAGGGGUGCCCAACACCACUCUGGGCUGCCCUAGGACCUGGGAUGGACUGCUGUGCUGGCCAAUGGUAGGCUCUGGCGAGUGGGUGACUCUCCCCUGCCCAGAUUUCUUCUCUCACUUCAGCUCAGAGCCAGGGGCUGUGAAGCGGGAUUGCACUAUCACUGGCUGGUCUGAGCCCUUCCCACCUUACCCUGUGGCCUGCCCUGUGCCCCUAGAGCUGCUGACUGAGGAGAAAUCCUACUUCUCCGCAGUGAAGAUCAUCUAUACCCUGGGCCAUAGCAUCUCGGCCGUGACCCUCUUCGUGGCCAUCGCCAUCCUGCUGGCUCUCAGGAGGCUCCACUGUCCCCGGAACUACAUUCACACCCAGCUGUUUGCCACUUUUAUCCUCAAGGCGGGAGCCGUGUUCCUGAAGGACGCCACCCUGUUCCACAGCGAGAACACGGAUCACUGCAGCUUCUCCACUGUUCUGUGCAAGGUCUCCGUGGCCACCGCCCAUUUUGCCACCAUGACCAACUUCAGCUGGCUGUUGGUGGAAGCUGUGUACCUGACCUGCCUCCUAGCCUCCAAGUCGCCCAGCACAAGGAGGGCCUUCUGGUGGCUGGUUCUUGCUGGCUGGGGGCUCCCCCUGCUCUUCACUGGCAUGUGGGUGUGUUGCAAGGUGGCCUUUGAGGAUGUUGCAUGCUGGGACCUGGAUGACAGCUCCCCUUACUGGUGGAUCAUCAAGGGGCCCAUCGUCCUCUCUGUUGGGGUGAACUUUGGGCUUUUCCUCAAUAUUAUCCGCAUCCUGCUGAGGAAACUGGAGCCAGCUCAGGGCAGCCUCCACCCCCAGUCUCAGUACCGGCGUCUCUCUAAGUCAACGCUUCUCCUCAUCCCGCUGUUUGGAAUUCACUAUGUCAUCUUCAACUUUCUGCCCGACAGUGCUGGCCUGGGCAUCCGCCUCCCUCUGGAAUUGGGACUGGGCUCUUUCCAGGGCUUCAUCGUUGCCAUCCUGUAUUGCUUCCUCAACCAAGAGGUGAGGACUGAGAUCUCACGGAGGUGGCAUGGCCAUGAUCCUGAGCUGCUGCCAGCCCGGAGGGCCUUCACCAAGUGGACGAUGCCUUCCCGCUCUGGGGUGAAGGUGUUGACAUCUGUAUGCUAGGCUGGCCACAUCACGUGACUGGAGUCCACACCUGAACUCGGGCAGCUACAAUAGCCCCCCCUCCCUCUGUAGAAGCAAGAGACACCAGUGCCCCCGAGAGCCCUUGGGCCAUGUCCCCACCCCAGCUGCUGCCCAGCCCUGGGCAGGGGUAACCCUCUUACCUUGUCCUACACCUGACCCUAGGUCCCUGUGUUUCUACCUCUGACCUCCUUGGUUCCUCCAUCUCCAUUCUCCUCCAAUUCCUUCUGCUA